AUGCUAGGCUGGAUGGUGGUUCUCUGCUUGUGGACCAGCUCGUGCAGCGCAGGACAGCUGGAGUACUCCGUGUUCGAGGAGACGGAGCGCGGCACGACCGUGGCGAACGUCGCCGCCGACUUAGGGCUGGCAGUAGGCACGCUUAUUUUCCGGAAAUUUCUCCUCCUUUCCAGCAACGGCGGCGAGCCGUACUUCGGGAUGGAGCCGGGCAGCGGCAGCCUGUUUGUCCGGGAGCCGGCGGACCGCGAGCGGCUCUGCGGAGCCAAGGCUGCUUGCAUUCUCAACUAUGAGCUAGUGCUCAAAGACCCAUUGGAGCUUCACAGGAUGAGCGUCCGAAUUCUGGACCUCAAUGACAACCCUCCUCGCUUCCCCGAAGGCGAGGUGCGGCUUCACCUCGCGGAGUUCCUAGCGCCGGGAGCCCGCUUCACACUUCCCAACGCCCAGGACGCAGAUGAAGGAACCAACGGGCUCCUGAGCUACUCGCUGAGUCCUAGCGAGCACUUCCGCCUGGAGUUGGGGAGCAGGACUGAUGGCAGUGAGUAUCCAGAGCUGGUGCUGGAUAAAUCGUUGGAUCGUGAGCUGCGUGCCACCCAUAGACUGGUGCUGACCGCUCGGGAUGGGGGUCGGCCGGGUCGUUCCGGGUCAGUCCAGGUCACAGUCACCGUUGUGGACACCAACGACAACGCACCCAAAUUUCAGCGCUCAGUGUACCGGGCCAGUGUCCCCGAGACAGCGCCCAACGGGACUGUGCUGAUCCAAGUGCAAGCCUCGGACCCUGAUGAGGGUCCCAAUGGGGAGGUCCGGUACACCUUCAGCAACAGCACUCCAUCAGAGCUGCGGCACCAGUUUCGAGUGCAUUCCCGCAGCGGGGAGGUGACUUUGGUGGCGCCUCUUGGGCCCCCAGACACGCUGCUGGAGAUAUUCAUCGAGGCGAGAGACGAGGGAGAGUUUAGCUUGGCCAGCACUGCCAAGCUGCUAGUGGAAGUGACCGACGUGAACGACCACGCCCCAGAGGUGAGCAUCACGUCACUCUCCAGUCCAGUGUCCGAAGACGCGCCUCCAGGCACUGUGAUCGCUCUACUGAGUGUACGAGAUGAAGAUCGAGGUCCAAAUGCGAGGGUGACCUGCACCAUACAAAGCAGCGGCCCCUUCCAGCUACACCCUUCUUUCGACAACUACUACAGCCUGUUAACUGAUGGACCGUUAGACCGAGAACAGACCAGCGAGUACCAGGUCAUGAUCAUCGCUUCCGACGGCGGCUCUCCUUCGCUAACCACGCGCAGGACUGUGACGGUGCUCGUGGAGGAUGUGAAUGACCACGCGCCAAGCUUUCCUUUGCCCCAGCAGGAGUUUUUUGUGGCGGAAAACAACGGCGCUGGGGCCUCGCUGGGCCGCGUGUUCGCCCAGGACCCGGACCUGAGCCAGAAUGGCCUGGUGACCUACUUGCUGCGGGACCUUCACUCAGACAGACCUCUGGCCUCCAGUCUGGUAGAAGUGGAGUCGACAAGUGGAGCCAUCACUGCCAAAACUUCCUUUGACUUCGAACAGCUCAAGGCAUUUCACUUCGUGGUGGAAGCCUUGGAUGGCGGUAUUCCUUCCAGGAGCACAGAGGUGGCGGUCAGCGUGUUCAUCAUGGACAGGAAUGACAAUCCCCCAGUCAUCCUAUAUCCCGUGGUCAGAAACGGCUCAGUCCCAGUAGAAAUUGUACCCCUUCAGGCCAAAACGGGGCACUUGGUCACCAAGGUAGUAGCCGAAGAUGCGGACAGUGGGCCAAACGCUUGGCUUUCCUACCAUGUCCUGCAGGCUUCGGACCUGAGCCUUUUUGCUGUCUCCCCUAACACAGGAGAGCUCCGGACCCUGCGCCCCAUUCUGCCAGCAGAUGCAGUAAAGCAGAAAGUGGUAAUCGUGGUUCAGGACCACGGGGAUCCUCCCCUCUCUUCCUCGGUCACUUUGGGCGUACUGUUGGUAGACUCUCCCCCACAGGUCAUUCCUGACUUCAGGGACGGGUGGGAAACACGCGGACAGCUUUCGGCCCCUAAUUUGUAUUUAGUAAUAGCUCUUGCGUGCAUUUCCUUUCUGUUUCUGGGGUGUUUAGUCUUCUUCAUUUGUAUCAAGUGGAACCAGGACCGAGCUCGCGGCUCUCAUAGCUGCUGCCCUUCGCGCUGUUGCUCCCCAGAGUCGUACCAGCGUCGAAAGAAGAUACCUCAGAACCCUGGCCUGACGUCUGCCACCAUCGACGUCACUGCAGUGGGGAGGCUUUCUCAAACCUACCUCUACCAGGCCUCUAUGGGCUUUGGUUCCAGCAAUAACAACUUACUAUUUCGUGGAGAAUACAGCACAGUAGACCUGAGGAAUAUUGUCAAUGGAGUUGGAUUGAAUUUGCCAGUAUCCUGUAUUCAGAUUCGAAACAGAAAAGGGGACCAUGCACAUGACAAUGCUAUGCCAAAACAACCCAACCCUGACUGGCGUUACUCUGCCUCUCUGAGAGCAGGAAUGCACAGCUCUGUGCACCUGGAGGAAGCCGGCAUCCUGCGGGCAGGGCCAGGAGGGCCUGAUCAGCAGUGGCCAACUGUGUCCAGUGCAACGCCUGAACCAGAGGCAGGAGAGGUGUCCCCCCCUGUAGGAGCUGGUGUGAACAGCAACAGCUGGACCUUUAAAUAUGGACCUGGCAACCCCAAGCAGCCCGGCCCUGAAUCUAAAAAGCAGACCCAAGUUUCCUUUCUCCUCCGCCGCAAAGGAGAGGCCUCCCAGCCCCACCCGUGAGAGGUUGGACUCUUAGCCUUGUGCUCCUGGAAUCCUGUCUUGAUGGCACUUACAGGGCAGGCUGAAAGGUUUUCAGAUUGGGCAGCUGGGCCUUACUUUUGGUGUGUGCCUGUGCAUGUGGGGGGUGGGGGUGGGCAUGGAGGUAUUCUGGUGUGUACGUAUGCGUGUACAGAAGUCAACAAGGGAAGGCAAAAUUAGGUUACUUAGUGCAAGAAGAGGGUAGAAAUGUGAAGAAACAAAACAAAUGAGUAGUUCUGAAUUUUUCAGGCCGAGGAGGAAACCUGAGAAAGCAAGUGACUAGAUUUUCUAAACUUAGUGUGGGAUAGGUAAGGAAUCUUUAAUGACAGGAGGCUGUACCCAUUCUCUAGACAAAACUGUAUUCUGCCCCAUUGACCAUUAGCCUGUUUAUAUAAUAUUAAGGGUCCUGGAAAAAAAUUGGCUACUAUGUCUUUCUAAAACCUGCAUUAUGUUGGAAAAACAGUUCCUAGACUCUAAGUCGAGGCUGGUCAGGUGGACACAUUGGAAAAUGAGUGGCUUGGAUGCUGUUUCCUGUAUGUCCUUGUACUCACUCUGUUAAACAUUCUUUUGCACACUAUGUCUCUGAAAAGGCCACAUCCUUUUCCCAUAAUACAUAUGCAAAAGGGAAAGAAAAAACCCCAACACCUCACUUUAUCUAUGCUCUUUGUUAUUUGAUAGAUUUAUUUAAAAAUGAAAGUAUAGAUGUAAAUGUUGAAAAACAAAUAUGAUAAAUAUGAUUCCCCUUUACCCCUAAAAGAGAAUUAAUUCUACAGCCAUUAGAAACAAUCAUUGCUGCUACUGAAGUGCUUUAGAGAAAUUGCCUGAAACAUCUGUAUUAUAUCAGCCACCUGCCAAUCACAGCUUUACUCUAUCAGGUCACUCUGGGACUGCCUCUUGCAUGUAUUAGUUACUAAACCCAAGGAUCCCCAUCCUUUUAAAAAAUGUUUUUUAUGUGCACUUUGAUUACAGAAUCUUCUUCAAUUAACUGUCUUAAGACUCAGAAAUGAAAGAUAGUUGUUGUUUUCUCAGACAUACAGAAUACACUUAAUAGAUCCUGUAAUUCUGUGAAUUGUCUUGGUGCGCUAGCUUAAAAACUUCCCUUUGGUUUUGUGUCCCUUUUUUCUAUGACACUCUGAAAUGCUGCCCUUACUACUACUCAUGAUGUAAAAUCCAACUACUGUAUGUAUGCUGUAUGCUCUUAUAAAAAUCCUGAAAUAUACUUACUCUGUGCUUGUGUAUGUGAAUGUCAAUGCAACUAUUACCUAGAGUGGACUUUAAGCUUUCUUGUUGAAUGUAACUCCAUUACAUUUCUUUUCUGUACACCUGUGAAAAAAGUGGAAUAGUGUUCAUUUUUUUUGGAAAAAAAAAAACACCACUGUUAAUCAGCUUUUGUGUAUGAAAGACACAGUAAAAUAUCUUUCUUAAAUCAA